ACAUUUUUUUUAUUCUUUUUAGUCCUAUAGGCUUACGGAUUGUGCUAUACGCAUACGUACGAGACGCUAAAUGUUAAUUGUAAUUUGGAUGUAAUGUUAAACUAUGGCUUCGUCGUCUAAGAGUAUAAACAAGACCACCUACGUCACACCGAAGCUAAAAGACUUCGUUUUCACGGAAAAAUUGGGCAGUGGGACAUAUGCAACUGUUUAUAAGGCUUAUAGAAAAUCCUGUGAACACAGACAAGUUAUUGCUGUGAAAUGCAUCCAAAAAUCAAACCUGAACCGUGUUUCUAUUGAAAACCUAUUGCUAGAAAUUGAGAUUUUAAAACAAAUCAAGCACGAGCAUGUUGUUGAACUGUUUGAUUUUCAGUGGGAUGAUUCAUUCAUUUAUUUAAUAAUGGAAUACUGUGGGGGUGGGGACCUAUCUGGCUUUAUACAGUCAAAACGAAUGAUACCUGAAUAUACAGUGCGUAGAUUUCUUCAACAAAUUGCAUCAGCUGUAAAAGUUCUGCAUGACCAUAACAUUUCACAUAUGGAUUUAAAACCACAGAACAUACUGUUAACAUCAAAUUACCAACCAGUUUUAAAAAUCGCCGAUUUUGGUUUUGCCCAGCAUAUUGAGUCUGUGCAGGAGUAUUCGCUAAGGGGGUCUCCCUUAUACAUGGCUCCAGAAAUGAUACUAAUGAAAAAAUAUGAUGCGAAAGUAGAUUUAUGGUCAAUCGGGGUUAUACUGUAUGAGUCUCUAUUUGGAGAGGCACCUUUCGCAUCUAGAACAUUAGAAGAUUUAGAGGCAAAAAUACAGAGUCAGGAUCCUAUUUUGGUCCCAAGAACCCCGCAAACAUCAAACGAUUGCAAGAACCUUCUUUAUGGUCUUCUACGUAGAGACCCAGAUCAACGGAUAAGUUUCGAGGACUUUUUCGCUCAUCCAUUUGUAGAUUUGGAACAUAAACCAUCGCAAGAUUGUCUUCCCAAAGCAACAGAGAUUGUAAUGUCUGCAGUUGCUUCUGAUCGGGCAGGAGAUCUUGCCAAAGCUGCUAAGCUGUAUUCUGAAGCUAUCGAGUAUUUUGUUCCAGCAAUUUAUUACGAAAAUGACCAACUUAAAAAAGCUGCUUUGAGAACGAGGGUUACCGAGUAUUGCAAUCGUGCAGAGCAACUUAAAAUUCUUAGCAAACCAGUUACAACCCCGACAGAUUCUUUGGAACAAUUAAAACUUUUAAGUGAAGACAACCAAGUUAUAACAGAAGCAAUACAGAUGAUUUUUGAAGCUAGAAAAGCUGAGAAAAAUGACAAAUUCCAACAAGCAUUGGAUUUGUAUACUGAAGUCUUGGGCAAUCUUAUUCCAAUAUUAGGUAAAGAGAAACCAACUAGAAGGAAAGAGCUUUUACAUUCGCAAGUACAGUUCCUACUGACGAGAGCAGAAUCAAUUAGAAGUUAUGUUAGUGUACAAGAAAUUGAAAUACAGCAGCCAAAUGUACAAGUAGAAAACAAACCAACAAAAUGUUCAAUCUCAUAAUUUUAUUUUUCUUUAAUGUUAAAUCGCAAAGUAAUAUAAAUUUCUCACUGUGAGUGCUAACAACAAUACUAAUCAGGAAUUACAAUUAAACUUCACAUCGCAAUAUUAUAAAUGAAACUUAUAUUGAAACUUCUACUGUUAAAAAACAGCGAUUGUGAUUAUAAUAUAAGUUGUGCAAAAUACAAGAUUUAAAUUACAUUA